UAAGGCUGAGUGAAUUUGCCCUCACUUGCAGCUUCCUCUAUUUCAGAGACACAUCGAGAGCCAUGAAUAGCUUCAAUAAGGAAGAGUUUGACUGCCAUAUCCUUGAUGAAGGCUUUACUGCCAAGGACAUUCUGGACCAAAAAAUUAAUGAAGUCUAUUCCUCUGAUGAUAAGGAUGCUUUUUAUGUCGCGGACCUUGGAGACAUUCUGAAGAAACACCUAAGAUGGCUAAAAGCUCUCCCCCGUGUCACUCCCUUUUAUGCCGUCAAAAGUAAUGACAGCAGAGCCAUAGUGAACACCCUAGCCGCCAUUGGGACGGGUUUUGACUGUGCAAGCAAAACUGAAAUACAGUUGGUACAAGGGCUCGGGGUACCUCCUGAGAGGAUCAUCUAUGCAAAUCCUUGUAAACAAGUGUCUCAGAUCAAGUAUGCUGCCAGUAAUGGAGUCCAGAUGAUGACUUUUGACAGUGAGGUUGAGUUGAUGAAGGUCGCCAGAGCACAUCCAAAGGCCAAGUUGGUUUUGCGGAUUGCUACUGACGAUUCCAAAGCAGUUUGUCGCCUCAGUGUUAAGUUUGGUGCCACACUCAGAACCAGCAGGCUUCUUUUGGAACGGGCAAAAGAGCUGAAUAUUGAUGUCAUUGGUGUCAGCUUCCAUGUGGGGAGCGGGUGCACUGACCCUGAGACCUUCGUUCAGGCCCUAUCAGAUGCCCGCUGUGUCUUUGACAUGGGGACUGAAGUUGGUUUCAGCAUGUAUCUGCUUGAUAUUGGUGGUGGCUUUCCUGGAUCUGAGGAUACGAAGCUUAAAUUUGAAGAGAUCACCAGUGUUAUCAACCCAGCUCUGGACAAGUACUUCCCGCCAGACUCUGGAGUGAGAGUUAUAGCCGAGCCAGGCAGAUACUAUGUCGCCUCAGCAUUUACACUGGCAGUGAAUAUCAUUGCCAAAAAAAUCGUAUGGAAGGAACAGACAGGCUCUGAUGAUGAAGAUGAGUCCAGUGAGCAAACAUUCAUGUAUUACGUGAAUGACGGAGUAUAUGGUUCAUUUAACUGCAUUCUUUAUGAUCAUGCGCAUGUGAAGCCCCUGCUGCCCAAAAGACCCAAGCCAGAUGAGAAGUAUUACUCAUCCAGCAUCUGGGGACCAACGUGUGAUGGCCUUGACCGGAUCGUCGAGCGCUGUAAUCUGCCUGAAAUGCAUGUGGGUGAUUGGAUGCUCUUUGAGAACAUGGGUGCAUACACUGUUGCUGCUGCGUCUACUUUCAACGGGUUCCAGAGGCCUUCUAUCUACUAUGUGAUGUCCAGGCCAAUGUGGCAGCUCAUGAAGCAGAUCCAGAGCCAUGGCUUCCCACCAGAAGUGGAGGAGCAGGAUGUUAACACUCUGCCCAUGUCGUGUGCCCAGGAGAGCGGGAUGGACCGUCACCCAGCAGCCUGUGCUUCUGCUAGUAUCAAUGUGUAGAUAACAUUCUUGUAGCUCUUACCUGCAAGUUUAGCUUAAAUUAAGGGAUUUGGGGGGACCAUUUAACUUAAUUACUGCUAGUUUUGGAAUGUCUUUGUAAGAGUAGGGGUUGGCACAGAUGCAGUAUGGAAGGCUAGGAGAUGGGUCACACUUACCUGUGUUCCUAUGGAAACUUUGAAUAUUUGUUUUAUAUGGAUUUUUAUCACUUUUCAGACAGACUAACCAUGUGCCCCUUAGCUGCUGAGCAAGCAUUUGUAGCUUGUACAUUUGGCAGAAUGGGCCAAAAGCCAAUGUUGUGACCCAUUUUGAAAAUAAACUAUCUUGAAAUAAUUGGGCAUUAGGGAAUGUUUGCAAAUGUCCCUUAAAGAAGGGGCACACUUCCUGCACAGUCUGCUGUAGUCAUAGCAGUAAGUCCAAUCCACAACACAGCAGAGAAGAAAAAGGUGGAUGGGAUGAGGCCACACCUUCUGUCCACAGCAUCAGUCUGCCUAGCCAGCCCAAAGUGUGUACUUGGCUGUGAAGUUGGGGAGGAAUGUCAUCUACUUAGGGACCUGAUGUCCUGGCUGCACCCCAGGGAAGGCAUCUAAGGUUCUUUGAACCUUGCUUGCAGAAGCCUUGAAUGUUCCUCAACCCUUGACUUCGCCUGCAUUACCACCUAGUAACAGUUGGGAGUAUCAUACAGCACUUUUCAAUCAACUUCCUGUAAUAAAUUCAACAGCAGCAA